UGGGGCGGGUCAGAUGGAUCUUUUUUUUCUUUGAGCAACAGUCAACAUUGAUAACAAAAUCAAAGGGGAUUUGUCCCCAAAAAAAAAAAAAAGUUUAUACGGCGCUUUUCCCGUUCCCUCUUUGCUCGCCAAGGCUAGGCUGCGCGAGAAAUUUGGCAGUGAUAGAUCUCAAUGGGCGGAGGAGUUAGGUUAUCGCUUCUCAAAUCACUUUACAGAAGAAGCUCUUCCUCUUCCUCUUCUUGUACACCUCUCUCACGCAGACCUUUCUCGAGACUAGCUGCUGAUGAAUAUGUGAGACCAGUAGUAACGUCAUCUCAGGUGUUGUCUGGUUUCGGGAAGAAAAAAGAGGCUUGCGCUCAUUCUUUCGGUUUUGGAUAUCCUCUUAAUGCUAAGCCUUUCCAUUACUCCACCCCUUUAUUUGCACGUGCUUCUUUCAGCUCACAACCUGACGACUGGGUUCACAAGGCCAAAGAUGUCUUCAACGAAACUGCUAACAAGGCUAGAGAAGCCUCUGACGAGCUCACUCCUCAUGUUCAACAAUUGCUUGACUCCAACCCUUAUCUUAAAGAUGUCAUGGUCCCCGUCUCUCUCACCAUGACUGCUACUUUGUUCGCUUGGGUUGUCAUGCCUAAGGUUCUCCGGAGGUUUCACACAUAUGCUAUCCACAGCUCUUCUGCUCUGCUUCCUCAAGCCUUCUCUAUCCAUCAUGAUGUUCCCUACGAUAAAAGCUUUUGGGGUGCUUUGGAGGAUCCUGCCCGCUACUUAAUGACCUUCAUUUCUUUUGCACAAAUUGCGUCAAUGGUGGCCCCAACAACCGUAGCAGCUCAGUACUUCUUCCCGGCAUUGAAAGGGGCAGUCAUCCUCUCCUUGGUCUGGUUCCUACAUCGCUGGAAAACCAAUGUGAUUACCAGAGUUUUGUCUGCUAAGAAUGUUGCUGGCCUAGACAGGGAGAAGAUUUUGACUUUGGACAAAGUUUCAUCAGUUGGUCUCUUUGCAAUCGGUUUAAUGGCUUCUGCCGAAGCUUGUGGUUUAGCUGUUCAGUCUAUCUUGACUGUUGGUGGAGUAGGAGGAGUGGCCACUGCUUUUGCUGCAAGAGAUAUCCUUGGUAAUGUGCUGAGUGGUCUCUCCAUGCAAUUCUCAAGGCCUUUCUCUAUGGGAGAUACUAUCAAAGCUGGAUCGGUAGAAGGUCAAGUGGUUGAGAUGGGACUUACAACAACAUCCUUGUUGAACGCCGAAAAAUUCCCUGUCUUGGUACCUAAUUCACUGUUUUCCAGUCAGGUGAUUGUGAACAAGUCACGAGCUCAGUGGCGUGCUAUAGCAUUCAAGAUCCCACUGCAGAUAGAUGACUUGGACAAGAUCCCUCAAAUAUCAGAAGAAAUCAAGGAAACGUUGAGGUCAAACCCAAAAGUUUUCUUAGGGAAAGAAGCUCCUCACUGUUACUUAUCCCGAGUGGAAAAAUCAUUCGCUGAACUCACCCUUGGAUGCAAUCUUAAAUACAUGGGGAAAGAGGAACUUUACACAACCCAACAGGAGGUUCUUCUCGAGUCUGUCAAGAUUAUAAAGAAGCAUGGUGCGUCAUUGGGUACCACCUGGGACAAUGAGGGGAAGGAAGUACGCUGAACCUAUUACCUUUUGAUUUUAGAGAGGGUUACAAAAAUAUUUGUGUAGAGCCAAAAACCCAAAGUUUCGAGCUGAGGAUUUGUGGUACGCGUGACUUGGUUUUUUGCUGUGUUUUGCAGAGCACGAUCAAAUUUCGUUUUUUUUUCUUUUAAUCACCAUCUUUCUAAGCCACACGUAUGAGAAAUUUGGAAGCUUUGUUGCAUGGUUUUCAUGAACGAAAUUGUACUCCCAAAAGAUGUGGUGUCUACUUGUUACUCAAUCUC